AUGAUUUGCCUUAGCAAGGCCGACGAAGGCACCUUCAGGCACCUCACCUUCAAUCAGAGUCCCAGACCCUUGGCCGCCAGCUCCACAACCCGCCAGGACCUCAACGGUAUCGCCAACCUCCGCGAGCACGUCGCCUCUGGCCAGGACGAAGACGACGCGGGAGGAGGCACCGUGUCGUCAGCAGACGAAGCUGAAAAGUGGUAUCACCAGGGCACACCGCCAGGCGAUGACACCUGUCACGGUGGUAGAGGAGACAGCGUGGGACACGAGCAGUCUCACGGAGUGUCCGUCUCGCGCUGUCGGGAGCGCUCGACUGGUGGUGAUGACCAGCUUGGCCUCCUUAAGAAGGUGACCAACCCGGCGUGCCUUGCACGUCUUUGGGGUUGGUGCACCUGGUUUGCAUCUGUUCUUCUGAUGUCUUUCAUCCUGACCUCUCUCUUCUCCCCUCACACUACUACGACUACUCGUGAGGUGUCCACGCCGGCCGCAACGCACCCUGUACCCGUACCUGCCCCCUCCGCCCAGAGCAAUGGUGGUGGCGUCGUCCAGGAGAUGCGCAAGAGGUCGACCUGCACCGCCAAUGGCGUCGACAGUGCCGAGUACAACAUGCCUCUGCACGUCGGCGCGCUGAUGAUCAUCUGGUUUGUCUCGACCACGGCCUGCGCCUUCCCGCUCCUGGCCAAGAAGUUUCCCGGCCUGCACAUCCCGCAGCGCUUCUUCUUCGUCAUUCGGCACUUUGGCACGGGCGUCCUCAUCGCUACCGCCUUUGUCCACUUGCUCCCCACGGCCUUCGUGUCUCUCGGGGACCCCUGCCUCGGGAGCUUCUGGGUCAGCGACUACCCAGCCAUGCCGGGCGCCAUCUCUCUGGCCUCCAUCUUCUUUGUCACCGUCAUCGAGAUGGUCUUCCACCCUGCUCGUCGCUGCACCUCGGUCCCAACACCAUCCGCACCACAGGAGGGCGCCACCACCGCCGCCCAGGGCGAUGAUCCCGUGACCACGGAAGACCCUCAGGCUCUUGCCAUGUGCGACAUGGCCCCACCCAAGGCGCGUACAUCCAGCGUCGGUCAUGGCCUGAACCAGCUUUCCGUCGUGGAGGAGAACAGGCCAUCCGAGGACGGCGAUGUCGAGAGUGGCCGAGACAGUACUGGUCAAGAGUCAUCCGCUUUGAAGUCGUUGCCCGAGCUGAAGCUCCGAAAGGAGCGUCUGCAGUGUGUCCUGCUCGAGCUGGGUAUCCUCUUCCACAGUAUCUUCAUCGGCAUGGCGCUCAGUGUGUCGGUCGGCAACGAGUUCAUCAUACUGCUUAUUGCCAUCACCUUCCAUCAAACUUUUGAAGGCCUCGCCCUCGGUACGCGCAUCUCCAUGGUCAAGUGGCCAGAGUCGUACAAGUAUCAGCCGUGGCUCAUGGCUCUGGCGUAUGGUUGUACCACGCCCCUCGGCCAGGCCAUCGGCCUCGCCACGCACACGCUGUACUCCCCCGACUCGGAAAUUGGCCUCAUCGUCGUCGGUGUCAUGAACUCCAUUUCGGCCGGGCUCCUGGUGUUUGCGUCCCUGGUAGAGCUCAUGGCGGAGGACUUCCUCUCGGAUGAUAGCUGGAGGGUUCUGCGUGGCAGAAAGAGGGUUAUGGCCUGCGUGAUCGUGUUCCUGGGAGCCUUUUGCAUGAGUCUCGUCGGCGCAUGGGCGUAA